GUUAGAUGAGUCACGACAUCCUGGGGAUCCCUCUCUCUUUCAUUCUACACUCAUUCUCUUAUUCUUUACUCUCUCUCUCUCUUUAUCAAUUUACAUGUUCUUAUGUUUAAAUCUCGCUCUUUUUCUCAUCCCUCAUCCUCUCUCUCAACUUUCUCUCCCUGAUGCUGUACAUCUCUCCCUUUCUACUCCUUUUCCUUCCUCUACAUCUCUUUGUGUCUCGCGCUCUUCAAUCCAUUCUCCAGCUGUUAUACAGCGUCUCAUCCUCUCUGUUCAGUCUUCUUUUUUCAAUCUCACUCACUCCUUCGCUCCCUCACUCCUCUCACAUUAGCGCAGCUGUUACCCCCCCCCCCUUCCCUUUUCUCUUUCUUUUGUCUCCCCCUCUCUAUACCUCCCCUAUAUCUUUCUCUCUCUCUCUGCCUCCCUGUUUGACUCUCUGGUGAUACGUUCUCCCCUGUCAGUCUCACUCUGUCUCUUUCACCCCUUGUUCUCUCUUGCCUCCCUUUUUCUGUAUCCCUCUCUCUCCAUUCGCUCCCACUCUCUCUCUCUCUCUCUCUCUCUCUCUCUCUCUCUCUCUCUCUCUCUCUCUCUCUCGCCUCGAGCCACUUUGACACUUUCCUUCCCUCUCUUCCUCUCCCUUACACUCUUCCGCCGUCACACACUGGCACACACACACGCACGCUCUCUCUCUCUCUCUCUCUCUCUCUCUCUCUCUCUCUCUCUCUCUCUCACACACACACUCUCUCUCUCGCUCUCUCUCUCUCACACACACACACAGAGACAGACACACACACACACACAGUUUUUCUGCCUCACACUAACACCCACUCGAUCUGUCUCUCUCUCCUUUCUGACGAGGGAACAUGUUGCCUAGGAGCAGCAGCAGCAGCAGCAGUGUGCUACACGUGGAGACAACCUCCUCUCUCUGUGUCUGACUAUAAUAAACCAGGGACAGGAGGAAGAAAGAAGGACCUGUUUCUUUUUUUCUGUCUGGCCAGACUCAUUGAGGAAGAGGAGGAGGAGGAGAAGAAAGAUAGGAAAAGGAUCAGUACGCAGAGGGAUUCAGGAUUUGAUUGUGACUGUGAGUCUGACCAAACUCACAGAGGUGGACUAGCGAGAGGAAGAAGAGGAGGAGGAAGAGGAGGAGGAGAAGAGCCAGGAUUUGUUUGUUUAUCUGACAAAACUCCCCAAAGAGGAAGAAGAGGAGGAAGAGGAGAGACUACUGUUUGUUGUCCAUUUGGGACAAGUGGGGUAGUGGGUUUGGACCGGGACUUGGCACACCCCCCAAAGUCGCUACCAUGUGGCAGGAGGCCUUACGGACUCGGGGGCGCUACCUUCUGGAACGUGGGGGAGAGGGGGGAGACGGGGGAGAUGCCCUGGGGGAUGUGUUUGUGGGUUUUGGGGAGACCCCGACACAGGGACAGGUGUGUGUGGGGGGACAGAAGACCCAGGACUGGCUGUAUGAGUCCUACUAUCGUAUGAGCCAACAACACCCUCUCAUUGUGUUCCUACUGCUCAUAGUGAUGGGAGCAUGCCUCGCUCUACUGGCCGUGUUCUUUGCCUCCGGACUGAACAUGGAGGACCACCUAGCAUUCCUGAUCACCGUGCCCACCACCCUCUUCCUCUUCCUCUCCAUCUUCAUCCUGGUCUGCAUAGAGUCCGUCUUCAACCGCAUGCUCCGCCUCUUCUCCCUCCUUAUAUGGGCCUGCCUGGUUGCCAUGGGUUACCUCUUCAUGUUCUCCGGGGGGAUCCUCUGUCCUUGGGACCAGGUGUCCUUCUUCCUGUUCAUUGUGUUUGUGGUCUACACCAUGCUGCCGUUCUCCAUGAGGGGAGCAGUCCUAGCCAGCAUCAUCACAUGUUUAUCACACACAAUCACACUCAGUGUGUGUCUAGCGUUUACUGCAGAGGCCUUGGAACCACUGGUGUGGCAGAUCCUGGCUAACAUCAUUAUCUUUACGUGUGGUAACCUGGCUGGAGCGUACCAUAAGCACCUGAUGAACCUGGCCCUCAGACAGACCUACCAGGACACCUGCAACUGCAUCAAGUCCCCCAUCAAACUGGAGUUUGAGAAACACCAGCAGGAGAGGUUAUUGUUGUCCCUGCUCCCGGCCCAUAUUGCCCGUGUGAUGAAGGCAGAGAUCAUUCAGAGGUUACAGGGACCAAGGGACAGGGACUUCGGCCGGGCAGAGGGCACCAACAACUUUCACAACCUCUAUGUCCAACGACAUACCAACGUCAGUAUUCUGUAUGCAGACAUCGUAGGGUUCACUAAGCUGGCUGGUGACUGCUCACCCGGAGAACUGGUGCACAUGCUCAAUGAAUUGUUCGGCAAGUUUGACCAGAUAGCCAAGGAGAAUGAGUGUAUGCGUAUAAAGAUCCUGGGUGAUUGUUACUACUGUGUAUCAGGCCUACCAGAGUCUCUCCCUCACCACGCACGCAACUGUGUCAAGAUGGGACUGGACAUGUGUGAGGCCAUCAAGAAAGUGCGUGAUGCUACUGGUGUGGAUAUCAAUAUGCGAGUCGGGGUGCAUUCUGGGAACGUGCUGUGUGGCGUCAUCGGCCUCCAGAAGUGGCAGUACGACGUCUGGUCACAUGACGUCACUUUAGCCAAUCACAUGGAGGCAGGGGGCGUGCCAGGGCGUGUCCAUAUCUCCUCAGUAACAUUGGAGCAUCUGAAGGGCUCCUAUAAGGUGGAACCAGGGGAGGGACAGAGUAGAGACUUUUACCUGAAGGAACACGGAGUCAUCACUUACCUGGUCAUCAACCCCAAGGCUGAGAGGCGGAGCCCUCAUCUGUGCGCGCGUUCUCGUUCCUCUUUGGAAGGAGGGAAGAUGAGGGCGUCGGUCAGAAUGACUCGGUACCUGGAGUCCUGGGGGGCGGCAAAACCUUUUGCUAACCUGCACCAUCGAGACAGCAUGACCACUGACAACGGCAAAAUAAACACUACGGAUGUUCCAAUGGGCCAGUAUCACUACCAGAGAAGAGAGAGGACCAAAUCUCAGAAGAGACGGUUUGAAGAGGAACUGGAAGAGAGGAUGAUCAGAACCAUCGACGGCAUCAACUCCCAGAAGCAGUGGCUGAAGUCUGAGGACAUCCAGAGGAUCUCACUGUUCUUUCACAACAAGACUCUGGAGAAGGAGUAUCGAGCCACCACUCUGCCAGCCUUUAAAUACUACGUCACCUGUGCCUGUCUCAUCUUCUGCUGCAUCUUCAUAGUGCAGAUACUGGUCCUGCCCAAAACAGCAGUGUUGGGAAUCUCCUUUGGCAUGUCUUUCCUCCUGCUAGGUCUGAUCCUGGUCAUAUGUUUCUCUAGCCACAUCUUGCAGGGAGGUAAAGGAUCGUGGUGCUCUCUCCCCUGGCUCCCUACUUCCUCACGCAUCAUCAUCGCCAACAAACCCUGGCUCCGAUUGGUCCUCACCAUGACAACCACCGCUGUUAUACUUGUCAUGGCUGUUUUCAACAUGUUCUUCCUGGAAGAUGAGGUUCUGACCACACCCCCUACCAUGAACCUGACCAAUGACAGCAUGCUCAGCUCCCACAGCCCCACCCACCUCACGGAUGGGAAUAAGUUCUACCUGCCUUAUUUUAUCUACUGUUGUAUCCUGGGUCUGGUGUCGUGUUCUGUGUUCCUGAGGAUCAACUAUGAGCUGAAGAUGGUUGUAAUGUUAGUUGCCAUGGUGAUCUACAACAUCAUCAUCCUCCAGACACAUGCCCCCCUGCUGGACGGAUACAGUACUGCACUCUACAGCACACAGACACUGGACAGGCCAGGCAUUCUAAAGGAUCUGAAGACGAUGGGUUCUGUUUCUCUCUUCAUCUUCUUCAUCACUCUACUGGUGUUAGCACGACAGAAUGAAUAUUACUGUAGGUUGGACUUCCUGUGGAGGGACAAGUUCAAGAGAGAGUGUGAGGAGAUCGAGACCAUGGAGAACCUCAACAGGGUUCUACUGGAGAACGUUCUACCUGCCCACGUUGCAGAACACUUCCUGGGACGCAACUGGAAGAACGAGGAUCUGUACCACCAGUCGUAUGAGUCGGUGUGUGUGAUGUUCGCCUCCAUCCCAGACUUUAAGGAGUUCUACACAGAGUCAGACGUCAACAAGGAGGGCCUGGAAUGUCUCAGACUCCUCAAUGAGAUCAUCGCUGACUUUGACGAGCUGCUGUCCAAGCCUAAGUUCAGCGGGGUGGAGAAGAUAAAGACUAUUGGCAGCACCUACAUGGCUGCUACUGGGCUCAACGCUACACCUGGACCUGAAUACACACAGGAGCAUGACCGUCAGUACAUGCACAUUGGCACCAUGAUGGAGUUUGCCUUCGCCUUGGUUGGGAAACUAGAUGUCAUCAACAAACACUCCUUCAAUGACUUCAGGCUACGAGUUGGGAUAAACCAUGGCCCGGUGAUUGCGGGGGUGAUCGGAGCGCAAAAGCCUCAGUAUGAUAUCUGGGGGAACAGUGUUAAUGUGGCCAGCCGGAUGGAGAGUACUGGGGUACUGGGGAAAAUACAGGUAACCGAGGAGACGAGUCGUAUCCUGUUGAUGCUGGGCUACAUGUGUUCAUGUCGCGGCAUCAUCAAUGUGAAGGGGAAGGGAGAGCUCAAGACCUUCUUCGUACACACAGAGAUGACCAGAUCGCUGUCGCAAGGGACUGUGAUGCCUUGAACAUCAUACACUGAGCAAUUUACACACACACACCCGCAAGCGCGCGCACACAAACACUCAAACUAUACAAACACAUGCAUUUACAUACACACAAAUGGACUUGCACACACAUCAAGGCUUCAAACCGGUUCAGGAAACCGAAACGAAAACCGGAAAAUAACUUCCUCUGUCAAGGAACAGAAAAGGAACCGGGAAUGAAAGUGAUCCAAACUGUUCCGGAACAAAACCAUUAUUUUGAAAGCAUGGUAAGCGGUUAAUAAUGUUAUUUUACGUUCCAAGCAUUUUUUUCUAGUCCCACAAAAAAACACAACAAAAACUUUACAAGCGUGAUUCAGAAGAUAGGGAGAGAGCAUUUUUAUUAGCUAGAGAAGAAUGGAUUAACUUUUUCAAUGCUAGUUAAGGAUACUGUUACAACCCUGGGUUUAUAAGCACGGAUAUCGACUCUGCCGCUUGAGCAUGCUUUUGCGGCACAGUCGAUAGUGCGCUGGACAUCGGGCUAGAAGGCCGUUGGUUCAAGACCUGCUCCCUGCCUGUAUUAUUACAAUACUAUAGGCCUGGUUAUCACCUUUUCGUUGAAAUUAUUAAACCUAACAAAAAGGUAAGACGUGUUUUUAAUUCUGGUGGCGCUUGUCAGUUAGCUAGCUAGCUCAAGCUUGUUAGCUAGUUAGCGCAAAGGACAUUCAAUAUUUCUCCAUAGAAGCCGCUCCGCCUAGGUAUAAUUAUGUGAACUUAAUUCAGAUAAUGCAUGUCAUAACAAGAUGCCCUGUGCUUCAAGCCUCCUCAACCCUAUCUUGCUCUCUUCCUACCCACAAAAUUUCAGUCGCAUCUUGCGCCAUGGGCUACACAAGUCUGUCCAUCACGCAUGGAAACAACUAGCUUGCCUGCUCUAUCCACAAUGAUUGGUAAAGUAAUUCAUAUUAAAUAAAGUAGUUAAAAAAGGAACUGAAAGGAACGAUAUCAACCUGUACUUUUUGCUAUGAAGCGGUUCAGAACUUUAUUUUGCUGGUCGGAAUAGUGUAACGGAACGAAAAAAAAUUCGUUCCGAAUGAAAUAAUUUGAAAAUAACUUUGGUUCCAACCCGACACACAUACGUGCAUGCACAAAUACAACACAUACAGGGACUUAUACAAUCACACACACAAACACAUUCAAAACUGCCUGCUGUAAUAGAACGUAUCUAUCAAGACUCCUUGUUUACAACAGUAACUCCAGACCACUUCAUCUGAACCAGACAGAAGGCAGACAACAUUUAGAACAAAAGACAGAACCACAGACAGACAGACGGCUGUACAUACAGUAUUACCUGCAUCGUCCCUCCUUAGCUGGUUACAGUAGUGGCUGGACUUUAUAGGUUACAGUCGUCCUUAGAUGCUGAUCUUAGGUCAGUUUUGCAUCCCCUUCCCCCCUGUGUUUAGGAUAAGCUGAUCCUAGAUCUGUGCGUAAUGGCAAUUUCUAGCUUUAGUGGAUUUCAUUGGCUGCCCGAGUGGUUGUGUGGUGCAGUGCAGAGACAGAUAUUGAGAGUCUGUGUCAGGAUUCUUGUCAGAACCAUCUUGGCACCAAUAGUCCUUUCACCAUUACAGUACUUUUAGUCAGAAUGGAAGAAAAAAAUUGGUGUCAACAUGAACAAUAGUUUGCCAAACCUUCUAUAGCUAACCUAUCUCUAUGGCUCUGAAGCAGUGUUUCUGUCAAGGAAAGAGCAAUGUAUGUGGACCUCAAGAGCAGCCGGGAAUCAAGAGCUACUGGACUUUUGUAAGAAAACCAAAAAACUAUAUCAAGAACAGGAGAACGUUUCCAUGUUUUGACGGCAUAAUUUUCUUACUCAUUAAAACCAUUUGUAUAUAAGUGAA